CAAAGCACAAAACAAGACAAAAGAUCAUUUGAACAAAAAGAUUUGAGCAAAGGUUCAGUUACUCUAUAAAAGGCAACUGGAGAGCAUUGGUCCCACAGUUGGAGAUGCUCUGAAGGUUGCUGUGUUUGUACAGAUGAUAAGUCAAACUAUGGCUCCGCUGCCAGGCGCUGCUAUUGUGCUUUUGCUUUUGGCUUUUUCUUUAUCAGGAGUGUCUCCACAGAGGAUCAUAGGGGGUCAGGAGGUCCUGCCGUACUCUAUCAAAUACCAGGCAUCCCUGCAGUUCAGUGAUACCAAGCAACACUACUGUGGAGGAACCCUAGUGCACCCUGAGUGGGUGGUGUCUGCUGCCCACUGCUGGAGACCGAGCAGUCGAAUGCUGGUGGUGUUAAGUGAGCACAGCCUGACCACGGAAGAAGGAUUUGAACAGGUCUUUAAUGUCUCAAAGAUAUUUGUCCACAACUUUAACUACAACUCAUUCGACAGCGACAUCAUGAUGAUCAAGCUGAGUAGGCCAGCCCAGCUGAAUGCCAACGUCCAGCCAGCUGUUCUGCCUGAUGAAAGCACUCCUCCGCUUUUUUAUGACGUAUGCACAGUGAGCGGCUGGGGUGUGACACAGAUUUACAGUUACUACCUGUCUCCUGUGCUACGUUCUGUGGACGUGAGAAUAGUGCCUCUCUGCUUCUAUUACUACAGGGGGAGGAUCACUUCAAACAUGCUGUGUGCUGGAUUUCAACUAGGUGGCAAAGAUUCCUGCCAGGGUGACUCCGGUGGUCCCCUUAUCUGCAACGGCCUCUUUGAGGGCAUUGUCUCCUGGGGUAUCAGCUGUGCAAACCCUUACUUCCCUGGAGUCUACACCAAAGUGAGGAACUACAUCCAUUGGAUCAAAUGGAUUACGGAACAACAUUAAGACACCAUGAACAGUCACCACAAUCCUUGACGGCAGUAAAAAAAACGGCUUUAAAAUUUAUUUAUUUGAAAACAAAAACAAGGGGGGUUUCAUUUCUAAAACCUUUUUUUGUUAUUUUAUUUUUAAAACACUUUUCCUUUAAACUUUUUUAAUUUCAAUUCAUAAAAGUUUUGGGAUGGAUUUGAGCCGCAGGGGGUUUGAGUAAUUUUCGGGAAAUGUGGGAAUAU